CUGAUAAUAAACCUCCAACGUCUUUCAUUUUUAGACAGACAGAGAAAAACAGAGACAUAUUCACCGAUCCUAACCGAAUUAUAUAGGCCAGGACAGAAAACAAAACAAUUCUUUUUUCUAUUUUUUCUCUUUUUCAGCUUGACUGUGCAAUGUUUUCAAGCCUCAUUCAUGGAAUGAUGGCCGGGAUUCGGGGAGGGACUGUGCCUCUCUGAAUUUCCAGCUAAAAGAUUUUCUUGGCAGACAAAGUUCUUGCAAGAAAGGGAGAGAGACAAUCAGAGGAACGUGAUUUAGCAGCAAAUCAUCAACUGGGUCGUGUUCCUUUGAUUGGCUCAUGUAGAUUCUGUGUUGGCUUUUUCUUGGUGAUCGGUUUACACGGCUUCACUGAUAUUUAGAAGCGCCAAAAAUGGUUGCAAGGAAAUGUAAAAGUAUAUGGAGAAGCACUCACUUUUGGCUGAUACCUAAUGAAAUUGUUCCAUACAAGGCUUUGUUCAGUUCAUGAUCGACUUUCUGUUAUUAAAGUUUCCGGAAACAUGUCUGUUAGACUUAGUCUUCUUGCAGACCUUUGCUAAUUAAAUGAACUCUCUUCGUGAGGCAGAUCUUCUCUGGCACUGGGUCUACCUGACAGAAAUUUAGUUUGAAGCAGGGCAAAUCUUCUUUGGCAAUAUAAACUUGCAUCCAAAAGAAGCGAGAUCUUUUCCGGUGACAAUUUGGUUAUCAAGAUUUCAGCUCCUUUGGGCAAAUCUCCUUUGGCAAAGUUCUCUUGCUGGGAAAUUCACCUCACAGUGAACAGCUUAGCAGAGUAUAUACUCUUUCAUUAUUUGUUCUCCUUAUAUUUUACUGAAGAUUUCAUCUUUGCUACAAAGCGGAUAUCCUUUGGCAUGAAAUUUCUCUUCUCUUGCAAGAUAUACUUCAAUCUGCAAGACUUGCAGCCUAUUGAUAUAUCACCUCUGUAGCAAUCCUCAUUGGAAGUUUCUUCUUGCAAGAGCUUCCGUCCAUUUGCUGGGCAAAUCUCCUUUGGCAUCUGGAGUCUGUAUUGGCUCCUACUAUCCCUGUGGGCUAUAAGGAGUCUUGAGUUGAUUCCUCUUAUCCCUCUAGGGCAAAUCUCCUUUGGCAUUUGGGAGCCCUGAGUUGGCUCCCUGUUAUCUCUUUGAAAGGCUUUGGCAUAUGAUCUGCUUUUAAAGGUCAAGAUUUCUUGUUGGAAUAUCUAUAUUGAAGCUUGGAAUUAAUUUCUGAAAGGAAACAAAAUCAGAAUUCAUUCUGCAUUGCUGAUUCUAUAGUCUGCUCAUUUGCCAAACCACCAUUGCAUUAUCCGUUGCACUAUCUUUUAACGUAGCAUUACACCACUACGGGUUUUGUCAUUUCAAGUUAUUUGGUGAAGUGCAACUCAGAGGUAUGCAUGAAUCAAUAGUAACAUUUUGUUUCUAGUUGAAGUUCCAGAGUAAAUAGUGUUUCUUGGGAGAGAAAGAACACACAAAAAGAAAGAAAAAAAAAAAAGAAGAAAAGAAAAAGGAAAGGAAAAUCUUAUUUCUGAGUCAACGUUGAUAAUUAUAGUCGAUGAUGGAUAUGUUCUCUAGUGAUUCUGAUUGGGACAGUUUGAGCGACAGUGGCAGUGAGCUUGAAUUUUUAUAUGGCGGGCAUGCUAACUGCAUUUUAUCAAGCCUGGAGGAGAGCAUAGGAAAAAUUGAUGAUUUCCUUUCAUUUGAGAGGGGGUUCGUACGUGGAGAGGUCGUUUGCUCUGUAGCUAAUCCGUCAGGACAGAUGGGAAGAGUUGUAAACGUCAAAAUGGUCGUUGACCUGGAAAAUGUUCAUGGAAAAAUCAUAAAAGCUGUUGAUUCCAAGGAGCUUCUAAAGAUUUGCUCCAUGUCAGUGGGAGAUUAUGUGGUCAAUGGGCCUUGGAUAGGAAGGGUGGACAAAGUUGUCCACAAUGUCACCAUUAUCUUUGAUGAUGGAAGCAAGUGCGAGGUAAUUGCAGCAGACAAAGAAAAGCUGUUGCCUGUUUCUCCCAACAUACUUGAAGACUCGACGUACCCCUAUUACCCAGGACAGAGAGUGCAGGUUAGGCUCCCUGCUGUUUCAAAGACUAGAUCGUUAUGUGGUGCUUGGAAGGAAAAUCAGGACGUUGGAACUGUUUCUUCUGUAAAUGCAGGUCUAAUGUUCGUUGACUGGCUUGCUUGUGCUCUUGUUGGUUGUGAUAUGAGCUUGCCUGCUCCCCGUCAUCUACAGGAUGUGAAAGACCUGACUUUGUUGCCAUGUUCUUCUUACGAGCAUUGGCAGCUUGGAGACUGGUGCAUGCUUCCUUUUGCUGAUUUUAAGGGUGUGAAGAAGCAGAUGCUGUAUGAUGCAUCCACCCUUGAGCUCAUUAAAGAGAAUGAUAAAAUGGGAAAAGGGUUUAAGAGGCAAGAUCACUCAAAUCUCGAGGAAAUCUUUGUUAUUGUGAAGAUAAAAACCAUAGUUGAUGUUCUGUGGCAGGAUGGAAGCUGCUCAUUAGAAUUGGAUUCACAUUCUCUACUUCCUGUAAAUGUGGUGAAUGCCCAUGAGUUCUGGCCAGGGCAGUAUGUAGUUGAGAAGGGUGCUUGUGAUGAUCCAAAUGUUCCUGACAACCGAAAAUGGGGUGUUGUGAGUGCUGUGGAUGCGAAGGAACGAACUGUUAAAGUGAAAUGGAAGCUUACUGUAGCAAAUCAGGCUAAUGAUGUGGGCAGCAACCUGGUGUCACAAGGAGAAACUGUGAGUGCCUAUGAACUAGUUGAAUACCCGGAUUUCUCCUACUGUUAUGGAGAUAUUGUAUUUAACACUGUUGAUCAAGCUGAUAUGCAUCGCUUGAAGGGAGAGACUAGCAUGGGUGAAACUGUUGCUAUUGAAGGCAAGGAAUGUGGGAAAGAUCAGAGUGAUUACCCAUGUGAUGGUUACUUGUCCUGCAUUGGGUAUGUUUCGGGCUUCAAAGAUGGUGCAGUUGAGGUGACAUGGGCUUCUGGUCUUCAAACCAAGGUUGCACCUAAUGACAUUUUUCGUAUAGAUAAAUAUCAAAGUUCACCUGCAAACUCUGUGCUGAAUGUGAAUGAGCAAAAUAUUGACGAUGUGAAUUUGAAUCAAGAGAUGAUUGGUCUUGACAAACAAUCCUCUAGCCUGAAAGGAAAGGAUCUGCAAAGUUCCAGUAGCAACAGUGAGUGCAAACAGGGCUCAUGGAAGGCUAGUUCCUUCUUUCUUCCUCGAUCUACUAUUGGAUUUUUCAGGAGCAUCGCAGCAAGUAUAUUUGAAUCCUUUGGUUCCACAUCUUCUUGUUCAGUAUCUUCUGGCCCUGUUUUUAAAGAUGGCAAUCAGUUGAAGUCGGUCGAAGAGAAAGAAAAUAUGGAAAACAAUGAUCUCUGCACAGAGAUGCAAUCACUGAUACCAGGUGGCAUGCAGAGUUUUGAAAACGCAAGUUUAAACCAGGAAGUCAAUGAUAUUCAGGAAAAUAAAGAAGUCCAGUCUUUAUUCGGCAGCAAGAGUGAGGAACGAUUCAGGCAAUUUGAAAUGGUUGAUGAUUGCUCUGACCACCACUUUCUUGAUGAUGCGAGCAGGGGAUUAGCAUUAUCUCAGAUGAAAAGGAGUUGGCUGAAGAAGGUACAGCAAGAGUGGAGUACCCUAGAAAAACAUCUUCCUGAAUCAAUAUAUGUCCGCGUCUACGAGGGAAGGAUGGAUCUCCUUCGAGCAGCCAUUGUCGGUGCACCUGGAACUCCAUAUCAUGACGGGCUGUUCUUCUUUGAUAUAUAUCUUCCUCCAGAGUAUCCUCACGAACCACCUCUGGUGCACUAUCGUUCUGGUGGGCUUCGCGUCAAUCCUAAUUUAUACGAGUCUGGCAAGGUCUGCCUGAGUCUCCUCAAUACAUGGACAGGCACCGGCACUGAAGUGUGGAGUCCAGAGAGCAAUAUUCUACAAGUUCUUCUUUCCCUCCAGGCCCUUGUGCUCAAUGAAAAACCUUAUUUCAAUGAGGCUGGGUAUGAUAAACAGAUCGGAAGAUCUGAGGGAGAGAAGAACUCUGUUAGUUAUAAUGAAAAUGCAUUUCUCAUGACCUGGAAGUCCAUGCUUUACUUGCUUCGUCAGCCACCAGAGCAUUUUGGGACACUGAUAGAGGAGCACUUGAAGAGAAGAUCUGAAUAUAUUCUAUCAGCUUGUAAAGCAUAUAUACAAGGAGCUCCAGUAGCAUACCCAUUUGAAUGUGGACAUGUUGAGCAUGAACACCAAAAGGGAAAUUCUACAGGGUUCAAAAUCAUGCUCUCUAAGCUCUUUCCAAAGCUUGUGGAGGCAUUUGCUGCUAAAGGAAUUGAUUGCAACAAAUUUGCAGAGGUAGACCCAUGAAUGUGCAUACGCCAUGACAUUUUGUACCAUAUGUAUCAUAACAACACGUGCUUGAGGAUUUCACAGGAAAAAUAAAAAGAUAGGGAAAGUGUCUUUGCUUAUUGUGUGUAAGGUGAAAAUGACAGGAGUGUAUUUAUUAAAUAAGAAAAGGAGAAAAGGGCUCCUGGUAUUGUAAUUUUAUUACUAUAAAACAGCACUGGUAUUGAGUUGCCGACUGCAACAUUAUGAAUAAAGAACAAAGCUUGGAUUAGUGUGGUA